AUGGCAGACGACGCGCAAGACGAUGUGAAGGAGAGGCGGCGCCAGCGCCAGCGCCGUGGGCUGCUGCCCCCGGAGCUUGUCGAUCUCAUGGGACCGCCGUUGAAGGUUGGCGCCCUGACUGGAUCCAUCGGUCUGUUCAGUGGCAUUGCUGCCGGCAUCAUCCGCGACUCAACUCCAGCCCUGUUUGCGAUAGCAUCAGGCAUCCAAUGGUUUGCCCUUGGCUCCAGUUACUGGCUCUCUAGGUCAGUAGCGUUGAACUACCUGGGCCGCGAGGGUCAACUAUCCGACUCAUCCAAGGUCAAAGCAAGUGCCGUUGCUGGAGGCACUGCUGGCAUGGUCGGCGGUCUCAUCCGCGGUCCCAAGAACAUCAUUCCCGGUAUUAUCGUGUUCUCAAUAGUGGGCGGAGCAGGCCAGGCCAUUGUCAACAGAACACAACGUGUGUCGCCAGAUGCCAAAGAGAAGAAGAGCUUCUUCGAAUCAAGUUGGAGCCCACUGAAGAAGCUGUCGGACGACGAGUAUCGCGAUAUGCUCGACGAGAAGAUGCUCAAGAUUGAUGCCGAAAUUGCCCUCAUUGACGACAAGAUUGCCGAGCUGCGGGCUGCGAAGGCAGCGGAGCCCCCUCAGGCUCCAGAGCCUCCAUCCAAGCCAUCAACAACCCUCCGUCUUCAAGACUUUUCCGACUUGGAACGCCCCAAAUACGCCAUUCUCUCCCACACAUGGGGCAAAGAGGAAGUCAGCCUACAGGAACGGAUGGAGUGGGAGGAGGGAGACCCAAAUCAAAAGACCCGGAUAGAAGCCAAAAGCGGUUUCAAGAAGAUUGCAAACGCAUGUCGAAUCGCUCGGUUAGAUGGUCAUCCAUACAUCUGGGUCGACACCAACUGUAUCGACAAGAAGAGUAGUGCCGAGUUGUCCGAAGCCAUCAAUUCCAUGUUUUCCUGGUAUCAGGCCUCUAGAGUUUGCUUUGCAUAUCUGGAAGAUCUCCCAGCGGAAACCACUACCAAGGACCUGUCUAGGUGUCGAUGGUUCACCAGAGGCUGGACACUGCAAGAGCUUCUCGCACCUCGACGCGUGACGUUCUUUGACUCGGCGUGGGAAUCUGUCGGCACAAAAACCACGCUUCGCACACGAAUUCGCGAGGCUACUUGCAUAGAGGCAGCUGUGCUUCGUGACCCAGCAAAGAUCAACACUGCUUGCGCUGCCAAAAAGAUGUCGUGGGCGUCAUCACGCCAGACAACUCGUGUCGAAGACAUGGCUUAUUGUCUUCUGGGACUUUUCAACAUCAAUAUGCCCCUCUUGUACGGCGAAGGCAACGACGCUUUUCGAAGACUCCAAGAGGAAAUCAUCAAAGUUUCCACCGACCAAAGCCUCUUCGCAUGGGACUGGCCUUCCACGACACCGAAAUAUUAUUUGCGAGGGCUGCACUCAGUCACAACAUUGGCCCCUUUCCCCUCAGCCUUUGGAAAAUGCCAUGAUGUUGUGAGGGACUUGGACCAUGAGCUGCAGACCCAGCCGCGCCACAGAGAGUAUGCCAUGACAAAUUUCGGACUUAACAUCGCUCUUCCCCUGCUUAUUGAAAAGCAGGGUGCGCGUUACGGGGCAUUAAACUGUAGAUACAAGAAGCUGCAAGAUUUUCUUAUCUGCAUUCCUCUGUCUAUCCAUGACCUGACAGGGACUUUCUACCGAGACGACUCCCGAGACCUUAUAAUUAUUCCGCGUCGAUACUUUCUUGGACAGCCGACCUCAAUUUUACUCCCUCGAUAUUCCGAGUCUCAGCACUAUGCCUUAUCACCUAGUUUUCUCAGACCUCAGGAUGGAGAAGUCUCGUUCCUGCUGUUCACCUCGAAUAGGGACUUGGGACUCUGGGAGAUUCGUACAUCGUGGGGGUACAUGCGAGCC